CUCUCUCAAAAUAGAAUAGCAUCAAUCAAAUCAAAUCAAAUCAAACGAGAGAAGGGAGCAAAAAAAAACCAAAAACGAAAAAUGGCUUCUCAAACAACACUUCCAAUCUCAAGUCCACAAUCGACAGAUCCACCAAUCGCUACACCAGCCUUCCGUUCAUUCAUCUCCCGUUUAUCAUCUUCAAUCCGUCAAGGUUUCUCUCAACGCCGUCCUUGGUUAGAACUUCUUGAUCGUACUUCUUUCGCCCGACCCGACUCCGUAUCCGAAGCCGCAUCGCGCGUGCGCAAAAACUUCUCUUACUUCCGGGUCAACUACAUCUCCUUACUCGCAGGCGUACUCGCUCUUUCCCUUCUCUCACAUCCUUUCUCUCUCCUCGUACUUCUCGCUCUCGUCGCUGGAUGGUUUUUCCUCUAUUUAUUCCGUCCCUCCGAUCAGCCUGUCGUUGUACUUGGUCGCACUUUCUCUGAUCGCGAGACGUUAGGGAUAUUAGUGGUGUGUACUAUUGUUGUGGUGUUCCUUACUAGUGUGGGGUCGCUGCUUAUAUCUGCGAUGCUUGUCGGACUCGCGAUUGUUGCUGCUCAUGGUGCUUUUAGGGUUCCUGAGGAUUUGUUCCUUGAUGAUCAAGAACCAGCAAAUGCGGGAUUCCUUUCCUUCUUAGGUGGUGCUGCCUCAUCUGCUGCUGCUGCUGCCGCCGCUGCCCCUGCUGUUGCUGCUCGCGUGUAGUUUGAUUUGAGUAAGGUCUACCGUCAAAUGAUCUGCCAUUGCUCCUUGAUAAAGCUAUACAAAUAUCUUGUUGGAAGGGAGGAAAAGGGGUAAAAGGGAAAGUAAGGUGCAUUAUGUGCUUAUUGUACCAACUGACAACAUGAAUAACUUUUAGGGUUACCAGUCUUAUAUGCAUCGAGCUUCUGGAACCAUGAGUAGCUUUGUUUGGAAAUGCUUUCUGUGUUACGUUGUAAUCACUUUGCGAAGUGUCUCAAAAUUAUGACACUAACUUUUCUCUGAGUAUGAUAUUAGUUUUGAUAUUGUAGUAUCAACACUUUUUUGGUUC